AAAUAAAUAUUUAAAAAAUAGUGUAUGCCUUCAUAAUUCUGUUUUUGUGUUACACAGAUAAGCUUUGGUUGAUGGUAGCUAUAUCCUGUGUCCGUUUAUAUACUUACUGUUUAUAUAUCUAAAUGCUUUGGAGACUGGACUUUGGAAAUUGGAAUUUAAAAUUUAGACUAAAUUCUCUAGAAUGUGAUCGUUCAAUAAUUGAAAAUAAUUUUAGAAAAAGUUUAUAUUUCGUUCAGUUAUCAUUUUAAGGAUAUAAGAUUUAAAUCAAAUGUUAAGUUUUUUGUAUGUGUGAAGUUUCCUCUUUUGAAAGUUCAUUAACUUUACUACUACUGCUACUAAUUACCUCAAUUUUAUUUGUACAUACUAUAUAAAAAAAUUUAGAAUGUUGAGGCUUAGCAAAUUGUCUAAUUCGGAUAAGACAAUUAUUAAAAUUAUAAAAGAGAAUUAUUCAAGUUCGACAAACUCUCGAUAUGUACGUGACAAAAAUUAUCAGUUUUUGCAACAUAGUAAGGUGCCAACAAUGCACUUCCAAAAGUCGAUGCCCCGUCUUCCGAUACCAGAGUUAUCCAAAACUGGAGAAAGAUAUUUAAGGGCGUUAAAACCGUUACUAAGUUCUACACAGUAUGCUGAUGCUGAGAAAAGAACUAAUAAUUUUAUUCUUAAUGAAGGUAAAGAACUGCAAGCAAGAUUAAUUGCUAAAGAUAAAGUAAACAAACAUACUAGUUACAUAUCUGACUAUUGGUUUGACCUUUACUUGCGAGAUCGUGUUCCAUUGCCUAUAAAUUAUAAUCCUCUAUUAGUUUUUCAAAAUGAUUCAAGACCAGCAUAUAAUGAUCAACUAGUCCGUGCAACAAAUUUCCUGGUGACUGCAUCAAGAUUUAUGCUAUCCUUAAGGGAAUCGAUUCUGGAACCAGAGGUAUUUCAUAUGCAACCAAAGAAGAGUGAUACACAACUUUUCCGAACCGUAACUGGAUUGUUACCUAGUACAUUGUCUUGGUAUGGUGCUUAUUUAUUUAAAGCUUUUCCAUUAGACAUGAGUCAAUUUCCAGGACUCUUCAACGCUACCAGAAUACCUCAAAUUGACAAAGAUAGAAUUUUCCGAGAUCCCUCUAGUAAGCAUGUUGUGGUGCAAAGAAAAGGAAAUUUUUAUGUUUUUGAUGUCUUGGAUUCUAAUGGAAAUCUACUGUCACCAGAAGAAUUACUUGGCAACAUGGCAAAAAUUAUAAGUGAUGACAAACCAAGUGCCGAUUUUCCACUAGGUAUUCUAACUUCCCAGAAUCGAAAUGACUGGGCUAAGCAACGGCAACAUUUAGAAGACAUUGGUAAUGCCGAAGCAUUGAAAAAGAUUGACUCCGCUAUUUUUAACCUUGUAUUGGAUGAAGAUAGUAUUCACGAUGAUAAGCACAAAAUUUUGAGGCAAUAUCUACAUAGUGAUGGAAAUAAUAGGUGGUUUGACAAGUCAUUCAGCCUUAUUGUAACUAAAGAUGGCGUUUCGGGUAUUAAUUUUGAGCAUUCGUGGGGUGAUGGUGUUGGUGUUUUGAGAUUCUUCCAGGACACCUAUAAAGAGAUAACUAAUAAACCAUUCAUCCAUCCCGAAAGUACGCCUUCUGAUAAACAUAUUACGGUUGAAAAAUUAAGUUUUAAAAUAGAUGACAAAAUAAAAGAAUGUGUACAAAAUGCUCAAAUGGAGUACAAGAAAUGGUGCGACUCGUUGAGCAUUGAUUACAUAUUGUAUGAAGAUCUUAACAGAGAAGAUUGCAAAAAGUAUAAAGUCAGCGCGGAUUGUAUUAUGCAAAUAGGAUUUCAGGCUGCCUAUCACCUGUUAUAUGGAAAAUAUGUGGGUACUUACGAAUCUUGUAGUACAUCUGCUUUUAAGCACGGAAGGACCGAGACAAUGCGGCCCUGUACCGAAAAGACAAAGGCGUUCUGUGACCAACUACACUCAAACAAUUACUCAAAAGACAGUCUCCGAACACUAAUGACUGAGUGUUCCUCGUACCACAGUGAACUUGUGAAGGAAGCAGCUAUGGGACAGGGUUUCGAUAGACAUCUAUUUGCCCUACAGAAGAUGGCUCAAGAAAACAACAUACAAACGGAAAUAUACGACUCAUAUGAAUAUAAGUAUUUAAAUAAAUCAAUACUCAGUACGAGUACAUUGUCAUCACCAAAUGUUUUAGCUGGAGGAUUUGGACCUGUUACAAGAGAAGGUUUUGGUAUUGGAUACUCUGCCUUUGCUGAUAAAUUAGGAGCAGCAGUGACAAGUUAUAAAGACCACAAUAACAGCACACAAUUUGUCGAAGCUCUCCAUAAAUCCUUUGCUGAUAUCACAAAAAUUCUAUCUGGCUAAAUAUUUUUAAUAGUAUUACUAUUUGAUAAUAGUUGGUUUUUGAUAUAUUUAUUUUGCAUUUAUCGUUACUAUUGUUAAGUUGAUUUAUUAAGUAUAAGAUACAAAUAUGGGUGGGACUAUUAUAUAAUGAAAUAAUUGAAUGGGAUAUGUUCACACAUCAGUAUAUUUCAUAACAAGUGCGGAAAACCUAACAUAGCAAAGAGUUCCGACAAAUGUCUACCCGAGCCGGGGCGCAGCCGAAGAUGAGGGUUGACAGUCGGAACAAGUUGCAAUGACGGUUCCGCACGUGUACUGAACAACUAUUUUUAAUACAAAUAAAACUAAGCAAUUUAAUAAAACUAUUAGCUUUUUUCUCCUUUCUCCACGGUAAAAGGUAUAGAAAAAGCUCGAAUGUGUAAUUUCCCACAUCACCAACGCUAUACGUCCCUGCAAUACGCAAUAGGUAUAUGUGUUGAAAAUGUUAAAUAUAUCUUUACUAUACAACCACUUAUUCCAUAAAUGUGGCCUUAUGAUAACUAGUGUGCUAAAAUGUUAAGAAUCUGCCAUUUUUGCAUUAAGUACAUUAUAUUAUAAAACGAAAAGCAUAAAAAACAAAUGCAUUAUAAAAAACACGAAAUGUGAUAUGUAUUUUAUAAAAUUUAA